UCAACAGUAGGUGGCAGCACUGAAUUUGGCUAUGCACCUAUCCAGAGAAGAAGAAUCAGUAGUUGCACGAUGUCCUUGCUGGUUUGAAUAAAAAGGCGAAUUAAAAACUUUUGCCGCUGUCAAUAGUAGAGCUGUCUGCCCUACUAGUUCCCGAUUUAACUGUCAAAGGAAAUUUGUACAUCAUGCCUCUUCAUAAAUACCCCCCUAAAUUGUGGGAGGCUUUGAAGCUAAAGCAGGGGAUCUAUGCCCGUCUCCCUAAACACUAUCUAAAGUCCCUUGAACAAAAAGAGCCGACACCCGUUCACUGGAGGCCCCUUGGAGUCCAGUACAGAGCAAACCCCAAGACUGGGCUGAAGGAGCGGGUGCAGGAUGUCCCAAUCCCCAUCUACUACCCUCCACAGUCCCAGGAUGGUCUGUGGGGUGGAGAGGGCUGGAUCACUGGCUAUAGAUAUGCCAACAAUGACAAAAUGUCCAACCGUCUGAAGAAAACCUGGAAACCACAGCUGCUAAAGAGAGAAUUCUACAGUGAGAUCCUGGAUCACAAGUUCUCCAUCACAGUGACGCCUCGCACUCUGGAGCUCAUCGAUGCUGCCUUUGGCUUUGACUUUUAUGUCCUGAAAACGCUGAAGGAGGACCUGAACUCUAAACUGGGGAUGGACCUGAAGAGGGCAAUGCUGCUCCGCCUGGCGCGCAGAGACAAAGAGCUUUACCCCAACGACCCGGUCAAAAGAGAUGCCAUCUACAGCAAGUACAAGCAGUUUGAGAUCCCAGAGGAGGAGGCAGAGUGGGUGGGUCUGACUCUGGAGGAGGCCGUGGAGAAACAGAGGCUGCUGGAGCACAAGGAGCCGGAGCCUCUGUUUAAGGUCUUGUUGGAGGAGCUUGUACAGGAGCUCCAGAUGAAGAAACUUUCAGAGCCACAUAUUACAGAGAAGAAAUGAUCUUCUGAACUGGACAGAAACUGAAGCCUAAAGUAGGUUUAACUGCCAAGAUUAUUCAGACGAGGAUGAGCGUUUGAGUCGUGAUGCUUCAGCGGUGAAAGCACACCCAGGAGAAGUUCGGCCAGACUGAAUUACCACCGAGGAUAAAGUCAUGAGGGAAUAAUGUUUGUUUAUUUUAGCCACGUUUUAUUUGUCCCAUUUAGGAGUCCGGCAUAAAACACUUCAGGGAUUGUAGGAAGAGACACGUUGUAAAUACUCCCAACUAGCAGAGAUAUCACCACAUAUGUCUAUCUUAUUAAAUAAAGUCUUCUUUUUUUUUUUUACCAGAACCUGUUUUAAGUUAAUGCUUAUUUUAACCUAUCCAUAAAUAAGCUCUCUGAUUUAGCGGUUCAUUCACUGUUCUGAUUUAAAGCCUAACGAUCAAAAACGUGAUGAUACCUUGAGGUAAUUAAUAUUUCUUAUUGUCUGUUUAGAUAACAGGAAGCCGAGUGCAGCUUAGCUUUGAUUAGAUCCUGCAGACAUAUGGCAACAAUUAGGAAACCAGAGCCUGCUUCAUAGAUCUGAAAACUUAUUAAAAUACAUUGUUUUUAAACCAAUACAUAAAAAACAAAAUUAGAUGUUUUAGGUGUGGGUUAUUCACCAAACUGCACCUAUGGACAUGAAAACGUUUUUUAACAUUGUUGCAGUGGAAGAUGUCCACAAAAUUAUAAAACGAAAUCCAACACCAUGCCUUGUUAUGAUGGACCAAACACAACUCAAAGAUCAUACAGGGUAAAAUACAUAUGUUGAUAUGUGUCGUACAAAUGAUGACUUGCAUUAACAAUCAAAUUUUAAUAUCCCGGACUUGACUCCGAAGCGCUCUUCCCUAGAAAACGUUUUUAUGUCCACUUGAACCUGUUCACAUUAUACCCACAAGCUUCGAUGUACUUUUUUGGGAUUUAAUGUGAUAAAUUAGCAAACAGUUGUGAGGUGGAAGAAAAACAAAAGAAAAUGUGGUGUGCGUUUGUAUUCAUCCCCAUUUUGCCUAAUAGCUCAAUCAUGCAGUCAACUACCUUCUUAAAAGUCACCCAAUUAAUAAUCAGGAAGACCAAGAAACACAGCAGACAGGUCAGGGAUGAAGGUGUAAAGAAGAUGAUAAAACCUUAUCUCAAGCGACAACUGCAGACAUGCUGCCCAUGACUGUCCACCUAACGAAAGACCAGGUUCUGAUUUUAUAUAUCAUUGAGAUAGCCAAGAGGCUCAUGGUAACUCUGGAAGAGCUGCAGAGAUCUACAGCUCAGGUAGAAGAAUCUGUUGACAGGACAACUGUUAGUCACACACUCAAAAUAUCUGACUUUUAUAUGAGUGCAUUAGGAAAAAAGUCUAAAGAAGUCCUACUUAAAGAUUUGCCGCAAGCCACAAAGGAAGCAGGACAAGCAUGAGGAAGAAAGUCCUCUGGUCAAAUUAAGCUACAAUUUUAAGCUUUUCCCCUACAUGGUAUGUGUGGCAGGGAAACUACCACUGUAAACCACCCUGAACACACCAUCCCCAUGGUGAAAUGUGGCAGUAUCCUCCUGUGGCAACUGACUGGUUGGUGAGAAGUUGGAUGGAGCUAGAUACAGGGCAAUACUGGAAGAAAACCAGUUAGAGGCUACAAAAAACUCAACUGGGAGAGAGGUUCAGCUUCCAGCAGGACCAGAACACUAAACCUACAGCCAGAGCUACAGUGGAACAGUUUAGAUCAAAGCAAAUUCAUACUUUGGACUGGCCUAGUCAAAGACCAGAAUCCAAUUAAGAAUAUGUGGCCAGAUGUGAAAAGUGAUAUUCACAGAUGCUCUCCAUCCAAUCUGACUGAGCUUGAAUGACUUUGCAAAGAAGAUGAAGAGGCAAAAUGAUCAGUUUCUACAUGUAUAAAGCUAGUAGAGAUACCCCAAAAAAGUUGUACAGCAAACUAUAGAUUGAUGAGAGACUGAAUAUAAAUGUUCUCCCCAUUUUAGAUCAUUUGCAAAAGUACUGUAAAAGCAAUGUGUCAUUUUCCUUCCUCUUCCACAGUAUGCACUGGUUUGAGUUGGUCUAACACAUACAAUCCUAAUAAAAUAAACUGAAGUCUGUAGUUUUGAUGCCACAAAAUGUAAAACAAAA